UAGCAUACAAAUUAGAUCCUCAAUAUUGUGGAGAAACUUUGAAUCCAAAAAGAUGGGAUGCUAUAAUUGAAAGAGAACUUAUGUGUCUUGCUGAACCAGAAAAUGAAGAUCAGGUUUUAGAAGAAUUCACCGAAUUCGUAGGAAAAAUUG